AUGUCUCGUCUACCCGCUCGUCAAAUUGGCAACGCCUGCUAUCGAUGCGCUUUCACACCAGCGCCUACAAUUGCCAACCAAGCCUUUGUCAGCGGAGUUCUCCUAGCCACUGUCCGUCAUAGUCGAAAGCCUGCGAUUAGAGGGUCGAGUAAACGAUGGGCUGCGACAUCUUCGACAUAUCCUGACCUCAACAUCCAGCCUGCCGAUGCGGAGAAAGUCCCCAGACAGCUGACCGACCCUACACAACUGGCAAACAUCGUGGAAAGCACAAAAAAGAAAUUUCUUGCGACAGAUGGCAUCCCAGCGAAGCAAUUGACGACUGCGGCCCUCGAGACAUGCCUCAAGGCUGCUCAGGCUCUUCAACCGCAGAUCCACAGAGCUGAGGCUCAAUCAAGGGCAUCAACGUCAAAGCUCAUGGAAUUGGGAGCAGAGCGGACUGGCCAGAGACCGAACACCAUGGAUGCGGGACUGGCUGAUAGCGUCAAGAAGAUUUCAUACUCGGCGUACUCUAUCAUUUCACAGCCCAAUGUUGAGAUCACACCCGCUUUCCUUGAGCUUUACGUCGCCAUCCAGUCCUCACUAGGUCGACCCGAGUCGCUCCCUGCGGUGUUCGAGAUGUAUGCGACCAAAAAGAAGCCUGUGGUAAAGAAUGGUGUAGUCCAAUAUGCGGCGUCAAAUCCCAAUGCUGCAGUCAAGGCCAUUGAGAAGGACGUUGCCGAUAUGGCUUUGCAGACUGCCAUUGAUUCCAAGCACCUGGACGCAGCUCUGGGCAUUGUAGAGGCUUCAUUCAGUCUUCCCGCAUUUAAGCGUCAGAAGCUCAUCAAGAACGCCACUACUCCUGCCAUCGCUCUAGGUACCCUCCCCUUUGGCAUCUUUGGCCUCGCAACCGCAUAUGCCACAUACUGGCAGAACACUAUGGAUAUCACGACGGCAACGGGAAUUGGCAUUGCUGGUAUUUCCGGAUACUUCAUGGUUGUGGGAUCGAUGGGAAUGAUUGCCAAGCUGAGUAACAAGGACCAGAUGAGGCGUGUGACUUGGGCACCCGGUACACCGCUACGAACCCGGUGGAUGAGAGAAGAGGAGCGAGCGGCAAUGGACAAGAUUGCAUGUGCCUGGGGAUUCAAGGAACCUUGGAGGCACGGAGAGGAGUCUGGACCUGAGUGGGAGGGUCUCAAGGAGUACAUGGGAUACCGUCAGAUGAUUCUUGAUCGUGUUGAAUUUAUGGAGGGCAUGAGCUAA